UAUUUACAUGCACACGGUCCGUCAGCUGCUGUGAGGCAGGCCAGUCUGCUGCAUAUUGUGGGCCUUUCUCUAUGGUGGUCCUUGCUCCUCCUAGGUCUUCUCACUGGACCAGGGGCUUCCAGAGAGGACUCAGCCCCCACGGUGGUAACUGGGACCCUAGGGGGGUCUGUCAUUUUGCCCCUGCAGCUGCAGGAUGGACAGCAGGUGGAGAGCAUCUACUGGAUGUGUCGUUUGGUGUCCGGGGUAAUAGCCACGGUAACCUUGGUAGAAGCUGGAGGGCCAGACACCUUUUACCAGGCAGAAACGCAGUACUGGGGUCGUUUGAGUGUGGUGGGCCCAGGCUGCUCCCUGCAGAUCAGCCACCUGAGCUGGGAGGGUUCAGGGUCCUACCGAGCCCACGUUAAUCUGUGGAGUUCCCGCAUCACCCACGCCUGGGAGUACAGCCUGCACGUCUAUGAGCAGCUGGCCCGGCCCCGUGUCACAAUGAGCUCUAGGAUGAGUGGGAAUGGACACUGCCUCGUCAUCCUAACAUGCAUGGCAGAAAGCAGAGGAGGCACUGUGACCUACAGCUGGACACCCCUGGGGCCCCGGACUGUUGUGUCCCACGGAGGGUCUGUCCUCAGUGUCUCCUUGAGACCUGGGAACAGUGCUCUGAACCUUACCUCUGUGGUCAAGAACCCAGUUGGUAACAACAGCUCCCUCCCUGUCUUGGUGCCGCCCUCACGCACAGAGAGUCUGCAAGAGCCCAAUAUCACGGCCAGCUCUCAGAUCAUGAAGGAUGGGACCUGCUUCAUCACCCUGGCUUGCUGGAUGGACCAGGCUGGAGAGGAUGUUAAGUAGAGCUGGGACCCCCAAGGCCAGGGGGCAGUUGCGUCUCACAGGCGGACCACUCUCAGCGUGUCCUGGAGAUCUGGGGUCAGUGACAGGUAUCGCUGUACUGCCAAGAACCCCAUCAGCCAGAGCUCCAGCUCCAUCCCUGUCAGGCCCCUCUGCUCAGGUUCCUUCCUACUCUGCUCCUUGAGGAAAGAGUUUCUUCUCUUUUUGAUCCUGGGAGCUUUGCAGAUUAAAUAGAUUUCACCUUGACCUGUGGAGAAGCCAAGAGGAAGAAUGUGAGAAGAGGGUCACCCUGUGAGACACAGAGAUAAGGAAGUCUACACAGAGAGAGAGGAGUGUGACCUGAUACCAGCAUCUCCUGGUGUGAGUGAGAGAGAGACAUCGAUUCUGAUUAAGUGGAAAACUGAUUUCUUUUGCAAACCGAGUUCAAAACAAGCAAGAAACUGCUACAUAUCUUCAGUUUAAAAUAAUCUGUUUAUGUCUUAACUGUUUUAAAGUGUUCAGAAAGAAAAGAGGGCUUAUUCACAUAAGAAAAAUUGAAUGGUUUGAAGCAUAGUUAAUAUAUAAUGAUAAUAUGUAAUUAACAAAACUAUUAAAUUUUGUGCAUAUACAUUAUUUUUUGUUAAAAUUUAAGUAAAUGGGCUCAGAGGACCCAGAUUCAACUUAAAUUUCAUCUCCUUGGAGCAGCCUUUGACCACCUUAUUGAAGCAGGUCUUACUUAUUCAUAGUCAUUGUACCCAGUUCAGUUUUGUCAAAUUAUCACAAUUUGUAAAUAUAUAUUUAUUUGUUAGUUGUCGUGGUCUGAACGAGGGUUGGAAAAUAAUUUCUAGACACAAGGCAGAAUGUAAAGAAGAUAGAAUUUAUUGGAGGGCAGGGUCGCUGCCAGAACAGCGUGUUGACUUCCUAGUAGUCUGGGACACUCAAGCCAGAACGUGUGCUACUGCUCAGUUUUUAUAGCCAGAAAACAAAAGAAUGGUCCAAGGUGAAAAUUUCAUUUACUGAUUGGUCAAGGCACAUAUACCUUCCUUCUAUAGAGUGGGAGUGGGACAGGACAUAUGCCUUUCCUUAGUUGGGACAGGUCCUGUUUCCCAGGUGAGCAUUGCCCAGGUGGGCUCAGGAAUUUUGUAACCAUUACAACAUGGUGGGGAGGGCAAUUAAGAGUCCAGUAGGGGGUGUAACGCUGACACCUUUUCAGGCAACGUCGUCCUUUAUCCUUGAAGCAUCAUUGUCCUUGGAGCACCACAUUAGUUUACUUGUUUAUUGUCUCUCUCCCCCACAAGACAUUCAGCCCAUGAGGACAAGAACUGUAUCUAUUUUGUUUACAACUGUAAACCCAAAGGGUAAUAGAGUUCUUGGCUUGUGGUAGAUAUUUCAAUAUUUUUUUUAAUGCAUGAAUAACUAGUUGUAUUAGAGUUGAGAACAUUCUUUUUAAGAUUUGAAGACUAUCAGAAAGUUUCGU